GGUGGCGGGGGUGAGGUCUGUCGGGGGCGCAGGCAGGCUCUAGCGGGCGCGCUCUUACCCCCCGAACACAUGCGCCUAUCUGCACGUCACAGCUCGACCUCUAUCCUGGCUAUUGGAGUCCCACUUCCCGCGCGCUUCGGGGCGGCGAGGGAAUGCGAUCGUCUCAAGCCGCUGCCCGGAGAAUUGCCUGCUGCGUGAGAUCUUAGGUGGAAUGCAAAAGGCGGUGGCGCUUUUUCCUCUCGCUCGCCUCUCUCUUUACUUUUUUCCCUCUCUCUUUGGUGAAGCUGCUAUAGACUUUGUGACAGGUAACGGCCUGCCACCUCCCCUCUUCCCUCCUCCUCCCUCGACCGCGCGGCAACCGGCCCACAAGGAAGCGGUGCAACGCCCAGUCAGCCCAGGCUUGGCUGGUCGCCGAUACAGUGCUGACAUGCACAGCCAAUACUUUCCCUGCCGCGGAUCACGCUGGGCCCGCCAGGAUGACCUGCAGCAGCAGCUUUCUCACAUGCAUGGGGUUAUUGUUAGGAUCGGCCAGAUGAAACAGCGCGCGGAUUCGACGACGUUCCUGCGUCGAGAUUUGGAUUGCGGGCGCCGGCAACGACGAUCCCUCCCGGCCGGCGCAAGGAAUGCAAAGCUGCGUGAGCGAGAGACAAUUCGAGAGCAGCCCCCGGGGCAAAUCAUUCCUCCCUGGCUUCGGAGACAUAGAUAGACCGCUUUAGGCCACAUCCGUUGCUGCAGCCUGCCAAUGCUACCGUGGUGGUGCUAGAGAAUAGAAAUGGUCUGAGCCUGGGCAAUACCGUGGUCAUCUUUUGGGGCUGAAUCUGAUCCAUCAUCACCUGGGUACAUAUUUUCUCCUUUGGGCCAAACCACCGAGCUAACCCUACUCUGUUCCUGUCUGUACUUUCCCUUUCACAAUAGACACA